AUUUACAGCUGCUCGAGGGAUUUGACUAUUGCACAGUGGUCCUUGGACGUCGAGGCAGAACUAGACAGUCCCGUUAGUGUAUUUCGAGGGCAUGAGCUAAACGUGACUGCUGUUGCCGUAAGCGACGACGGCAGAAUAGUCAGCUCAGGGUCUCGUGAUUGUAGCGUUCGAAUGUGGGACGCCACCACUGGCGCUGAGCGGGGUUCUGUGCGUAUACCACGAAAUGUAGUCACGUGCACGUGUUGGCUCCCUGGUACUCCAGUCUUCGCACAGGGGAGUGAAGACCUCAAACUGCGCUUGUGGGAUACACGGAAUCUACGCAAAGAGGCCGUGCAAGUCUUUGGUACGUAUACAUUCUUUCCUCUAGCAACUAAUGUGUCUGGUGAUGGACACUUAAUUGCCACGACGUCAAAAGGUUUCAACCGGCAAGGCUGCGAGGUUCGGGUGUGGGACAGAAGGAAACCAGGGGCCGCGCUUUGUCAAAUGCACGGGCAUCAACAAGAUGCCACUGGAAUUAUUUUCCUGGACGAACAAAACAAGGUUGUGUCAGCUUCAAAGGAUUCAAGUAUUAAGGUCUGGGAUCUGAACACCUUCAAGUUGGACCGGACUAUACAUGUAGAUGGCUGUGGAAUGUACACCAGCCUCAGU